AUAAAAAUACAACAGACACACACACGCGCAUUUUUUGUAAAGGGAAUCCCUCUUUUUCUCCUGGAUUUGUGGAUGCACCGAUGAGAGAUCCAGCCUUCCCAGGGACUGCCAUGGCUUACCACCCCUUCCACGCACCCCGGCCGGCUGACUUCCCCAUGUCCGCUUUCCUCGCAGCCGCCCAGCCGUCCUUUUUCCCGGCUCUGGCUCUGCCUCCGGCGGCGCUGGCGAAGCCCAUGCCGGACCCGGGGCUGGCCGGGGCGGCCGAGGCCGGGCUGCACGUCUCGGCCCUGGGACACCACCACCAAGCCGCCCAUCUGCGCUCGCUCAAGAGCCUGGAGCCCGAGGAGGAGGUCGAGGACGACCCCAAAGUAACGCUGGAAGCCAAAGAGCUCUGGGACCAGUUUCACAAGCUGGGCACCGAGAUGGUGAUCACCAAGUCCGGGAGGAGGAUGUUCCCCCCGUUCAAGGUGCGGGUGAGCGGCCUGGACAAGAAGGCCAAGUACAUUUUGCUGAUGGAUAUAGUGGCGGCCGACGAUUGCCGGUACAAGUUCCACAACUCCCGCUGGAUGGUGGCCGGCAAGGCCGACCCGGAGAUGCCCAAGCGCAUGUACAUCCACCCCGACAGCCCGGCCACGGGGGAGCAGUGGAUGGCCAAACCUGUUGCCUUUCACAAGCUGAAGCUCACCAACAACAUCUCGGACAAGCACGGCUUUACCAUCCUGAACUCCAUGCACAAGUACCAGCCCAGGUUCCACAUAGUCCGGGCCAACGACAUCCUCAAGCUGCCCUACAGCACCUUCCGCACCUACGUGUUCCCCGAGACCGACUUCAUCGCCGUCACUGCCUACCAGAACGACAAGAUCACCCAGCUGAAAAUCGAUAACAACCCCUUCGCCAAGGGCUUUCGGGACACGGGCAAUGGCCGGCGGGAGAAGAGGAAGCAGCUCUCGCUGCCGUCCCUGCGGAUGUACGAGGAGCCCUGCAAGCCCGAUCGUGACGGCGGGGAGUCGGACGCCUCCUCCUGCGAGCCCUCGGCCGUGCGCGACGCCCUCCACUCGCCCGUGGGUGCCCUCCCCAGCCCCCUGCGCCUCAAGGGCAGCGGCAGAGAGGAGAAGCCGGGGGCCGACAGUGAUGCGGAGGUGGAGAAGGUGCCCGAGGAGCGGCCGGUGGCAGCCGCCAGCCCCAGCGGGGAGGACGCGACGCCCCGCGGCAGCCCCCGGUGCCUGGAGGAGCGGGGCAAGGAGAGGCACAGCCCGGAGAAGGUCAAGGAUGGCGCAUCCCCCCGGGAGGGUCCCGGCGAGGGCCUGUUCGGCACACGGGGCCUGGAGAAGGACAAGGUGGAAGGACGGAGGAAAGAGACGGAGCCGGGCAAGAAGGACACGGAGGGCAGUGGGCUGGGCAAGGAGGCCUUCGCCCCGCUGAUGGUGCACACGGACAGCCCCCCGCACCUCAGCGCCGGGCACCUGCAGAGCCUGGCGCUCUCCGGCCUCCAUGGGCAGCAGUUCUUCAGCCCGCUGGGCGCUGGGCAGCCCCUCUUCAUCCACCCGGGACAGUUCGCCAUGGCCCCCGGCGCCUUCUCUGCCAUGGGCAUGGGACACUUGCUGGCCUCGGUGACCGGUGGGGGCAGCCUGGAGAAUGGAGCCCUCUCGUCUGCCCCGGGCGCGGCAGGGACGGCCACCCCCUUCCCUUUCCACCUCUCCCAGCACAUGUUGGCCUCUCAGGGAAUCCCGAUGCCCACCUUCGGCGGACUCUUCCCCUACCCCUACACCUACAUGGCGGCGGCAGCGGCGGCCGCCUCGGCCAUGCCGGCCACCAGCGCCGCGGCCGCGGGGCCGCUGUCCCGCAACCCCUUCCUGGGCAGCAGCCGCCCCCGCCUGCGCUUCAGCCCCUACCAGCUCCCGGUCACCAUCCCGCCCAGCACCAACCUGCUGACCACCGGCCUCCCCGCCAGCCUCAACCCCGGCUCCGAGGGCUCCAAGGCCGGCAGCAGCCGCGAAUCCAGCCCCCUCCCCGAGGUGCCCCUGCACAAGGGGGGCAGCCAGCGCCCCGCCGCCUCCCCCAAGGGCUCCCUGAAGGAGUCCCUCAAUGAACUGCAGAACAUCCAGAGACUGGUGAGCGGGCUGGAGAGCCAGCGGGAGCUGUCACCCGGCAGAGAGUCCCCCAAGUGACCGACGGGGCGGGCGGCGAGCCCUCCCGGCGGGGCGGAAAGCACUGGUAUUUUGUACAGCACAGUAUAAAUAUUUAUUGUGGAGCGAGGGGUGGGCGCGGACAGGGAGCGGAGUGCUGGAGCAAAGGGAUGGACCCCGCCGGCCAAGCGGACCCACCACCCCAGAGCCAGGAGGGAGCGGUCGGAGCGCGGGGCUCACCCGCCCCUUCAGCUGUGGGGCUGGGAGCGGCUCCCCCCGCUCCAGCGAGGCCACGGAGCCCCCAGGACACCCCGUUUCCCCGUUCUGGGCACUGGGCAGCUCGAGGGGGGGUAACAAGCCCACAUGGAGACACCUGAUGGAUGGGGCAACCCCAACCCCAGCCCCAGCCCCGAUCCCGGGCAGGUGAGAGGGGCCAAACCCUCAUCUGUGCAAGGGGAGGAGGAAGGAAAAAAUAAUUUAAAAAGUAAGGAGAAAAAAAAAAAAGAUAUAAGAAACAGAAGAUGGAAAACAAGCCGCCUCGGCAGCCACCGCGCAGAGCGGGCACGGUGGGGGAGCCUCGUGGGUACCUGGGCAGAUAUUUAUGAAAUAAAUGGUAAUUUGUGUAAAUAAGCUAUAAGGAUCCCAGAAUAUGCAAAUUGGUAUUAAUUUAUUCAGAGUUGUACAUUGGUGUGUACAUAAUAUUUAGAGUUUAACUCAUCGCAUUUAAGGUUUUUUUUUCUUUUUUUUUUCAUUUUACAUGAACAUAUAUAUUGUAAAUGAAAACUAUUUAGCUCUUUGUGAUUGAAGGAGAUAUCGGUUUCUCUAACUGUGUUUUAAAAUAUUGUUUAUCCCGCCUGUUCUCUAGGACAAUCAUGUGCCACCAGUAAAACGAUUUUUGGAGUCAUUGAAACUAAGAGUUCAAUCCUUUAAUGGACUUUUGCAAGAAAAAAGAAAAAAAAAACAGCAAAUCCAAAACUUAACUAAAAUAUCGCUACAGUGCGGGGUAUAGAGAAUGCAGGAAUAAACCUCAGGUUUUUAUUUUUCACUCCAGAACAAAAAAAAAAAAAAAGUAUAAUAAAUUUAAAUAUCACAGGACUGUGCUCUAUAUUUGUUUUAAAAUAAAAAAGAUACAUGAUUUGCAACGUGCUGGUUACUCGGGUAUCUGUCUGUUCGGUUUUGAUGAAU